AUGGCUAUUCAGGAGCAAGACGAAACCCGGAGUUCCAGAACACAUUCUUCAGCCAACGAAUCGACUGCUCAAACAGACCGAUCCUAUUCAUCGCGCACAGUCUCAGGCGGCUUGGUAUGCCAACACGCCCUGGUCCUCAGCACCUCCAUAGACGGACUAUGGGAGAUAUCAUCAAGCGCCAUUGGGAUAAUCUUCAUGGGCACGCCGCAAUACGGGUCUUCGCUCGCUUCCUACCGAGAGAAACUCGCAAAAGGCAUGAAAAUAGUCCAUACCGCGAACAAGGAUAUGGUCGGGGCUCUUCAUCCGGAUUCAAACAAUGUGCAACUAGUUGGAAACGAGUUCCAGCCUAUGCUCCGUCGCGGUGACCUCGCCCUUAAGGUCUUCUGUUUAUAUGAAGCGAAGAAUAUGAAUGGUAUAGUGGGCAAGAUCGUUGAAGAGAACUCGGCUGUUCUGCGAGGCUAUGAGAAUUGUAGUAUCGAUGCUGAUCAUUACAACAUGACGAAGUUUAGUGGUCAUGCAGAUGGUGGUUAUGGGCUUGUUCGGUCGAUCAUUACGGGGUGGUUGUAUGAGUCUCGGGAUUGUGAUGCUGCGAACAAGACUGCCAUGUCCGCUUUCUCUCUCUGGAAAUCCUGCUUGGUUGGGGUCUUGGACUCCGGGGAGUUUUUGCUUCAAUGGGACUACAAAUUCGCAAGCUUUUGCUUACACGCAUGGCGAGAACUUUGCCUUCGACUGACGGGGUAUCUGCACGAAAUAUGA